AUGGGUGCGCAGGCGGGCCCGGCGUGCACGACGCGGCGGCUGGCAGCCGGGAGGCCGAGCGAGCUCGGGGGACCGCGGGGUUGGCACCCGGGGCGGGGACCGGUCCGCGGAGGCCACGCCCACGGCGGGAUGGCCCGCCCACCUUCAGCCCGCCCCGAGCGCAGAGCAAUCCCUCCUGAUCGGACCCCCACCCCAACCUCUAACAGCCUGCCAGCCACGCUGGGCCGUUGGGCACUCCCGCAGGACCCGGAGAACACCCUGCCCUCUGAGGCCUUGGCUUGGGGGCCUCCUGGGCGCGCUUCGGCCGGGGCAGGACCACCUUUUGGCCCAGAGACUUCCUUUGACCACGACCACUGGACUCCGGAGGGCGGGCUGGGGGCAGGCAACAGGGAGACCCUAGCAGGGCCCGCCGGGCGGAAGGCGGCUCCGCCCUCCCCCGGGAACCUCGGCAGAGGGCCCAGACCUCCCGGGGAGGGGUCCCGGCGGUCAGGGCCGCCACCGCCCCUGCCUCCGGCUCCUCGUGGGGAGUCACCGCCUCCUGUGGCUGAAACGCGUCGCCACUCACUGUGCUCGAGAAGGCACUCAGCAGGACGUGUGCGGGACCUUCUGAGGAGCAGGCGCAGCGGGCUGUGUGGCGUGCGGGAGGGCCGCCGCCCGUCGCGGAGGAGCGUCUCCCGAGGCGCCGCAGACACGGCGCAGGUGCGGCCCCGGGCCGGAGGCGGAGCGCCGUUUGGGGGCCGGCGUCUCACGGAGCCCGACCAGCCCGACCCGCCCGACCUUUGUGCUGCGGACUCGCUUGCUUUUGUUUAUAGCUCUCCGCCCCUCGGGCUGGCAGAGGGGGACGACCAGGGGAACCAGGAAAGGGGCAGCCUCCGGGCGGUCCUGGUGGGGCCUGGCCCAGUCACCGCGUGGCAAGCUGGCCUGGAUGCUGGAGACCCAGUGCUGCCCUUCGGGUCCAGCUCCCCUUCUGCCUCACAUCCCAGGGAACCUGCCCAGGUCAAGCUCAAGCAGCCUCCGUGCGGACCUGAGACAACCACCUUCCUCCACUGGCUGCCGGCCCCUGACCACACGGCCUGCCUGCGAAGCCUGGGCACCCUCAGCUCCAGGGGAGGGCCCUGGGGGCGCUCGGAGCCCCUCCUGGGGUGGCGACAGGCCACCUGA